UGGAGGUACAGCAUAGCACAGCUCAGAUCAGGAACCGGUGGACAUCAGAAAACAAGGUCUAGAAGUUGUUCAAAAUGGACAUAUGUGCUUCAAACAACCAGUUGGCUGUUGAUGUUUUAAGAGAGAUUGGUGGAAGUAAUGUCGGUCAAAAUAUUGUUUUUGCUCCUCUGAGCAUAGUAACUGCACUUUCAAUGGUAUAUCUAGGGGCUAGAGGUAACACUGCUGCACAGAUGAGCAAGGUUCUUCAUUUUAGUGAUGACAAAGAAGUCCAUUCCAAUUACAAAAAUCUAAUGCGUGAAUUAGCAGGAAAUGGAAAUGAUUAUAUAAUGAUGAAUGUCAAUAAGUUAUUUGGGGGAAAUACUUUUCAGUUCCAUCCAACAUUUGUGAAUGACACGGAGAAUUUGUAUGAUGCUCGUUUGGAAAAACUGGAUUUUUUGAAUAACCCGGAAGCAUCAAGGAAAUGCAUUAAUGACUGGAUUACUCAGCAAACACGAGGCAAAAUUCAACAGUUGUUACCAGAUAAAUCAAUUUCGGAAAGUACAGUAUUAGUACUUGCAAAUAUCUUAUAUUUUGCUGCAAACUGGACAAAACCAUUUAAUCAAAUGAAGACUUAUAAGGCUCCCUUCACCAAGAUGUCGAAUGAACAAGUAAUGGUAGAUAUGAUGCAUAUGACAAGUUACUUCAAUGUGAAAUACAUUACUGACCCUGGAAUAAAGGUGUUGGAGCUUCCAUAUGGUGCAUCACAAAACUUCACUAUGGUCAUCAUUGUUCCCGAUAAUAAUUCUGUGUUUAAACAGGUAGAACAAGAGAUUUCACUGAAAAAGUUAAACAAAUGGAUGAGCAACUCAGAAAUGAAGAUGAUGAAUGUCUUGGUACAUCUACCAAAGAUCAAAAUAGAGAAAAGCUUCUCCAUGAAAAACAUUCUUUCAUCAUUGGGAAUGUUGGAUGCCUUCAGUCAGACCAAGGCAAAUUUCUCAGGCAUGACAGAGCAGCGUGAUAUAUUUAUGUCUGAGGUUUAUCAUAAGACUUUUCUAGAGAUUAAUGAAAAAGGAACUGAGGCUGCAAGUUCUACAGCAUCUGUCAUGUCUGUUCGCAGCUUUCCAGGUGAAGAGGUGAAGGGAGAUCGUCCCUUUUACUAUUUCAUAAAACACAAAUCCAAAUGUAUAGUGCUAUGUGGAAUAGUGUAUGAACCUUAACAAAGGAAGUAUGGCCAUGAUGUUAUCACUUGUAAAACCUGGCCAGCAUACAUGUAAUGUAUUCUGUAUAUAAUGUAUUCAUAUAUAUUUUCUACUUAAUUAUUGGAAUAAAAUACUGCCAUUACAUUGUA